AUGGCGCGGUCGCAGGACAGGGAGCGCGGACGAGAGCGUGCAGAGGCUUCUUCGCAGAACUCCGGGAAGAAGCGGGCGAAUGGAGCUGAGGGAGACGGCAAGCGCAAGGGCGCCGGAGGCCCCGGCGCCGAGGGCCCCGUCGCAGGCGUGCAGAGCCGAUACCCCGUGAUGAAUGAGAAUGCCUACCAGGAGCAGAAGAAGCUGCAUCUGGCUGAGCUGCGGCGGCACGCUCCAUCUGCGCUGCGCAGCUUCGCCGAGUCUCUCGUCUGCUUCACCUACAUGGCCUUCAUUCCGGGGCUCCUGAACGCGCGCCUGCGGCGGCUUCCCUGCCUGGAGACCUGGGCGACUGGCACGACCAGUGCGCUCUCUCUCUGGAUCACCCUCGCGAGCUGGGCGGCCUUCUUCGCCCGAGGAAACGUCACCGACCCCGCCAGCUUCCUCGUCGCCGUCCGCGAGGCGAAGGCCUGGCGCGCCACUCAGAAGGAGCGACCGCGCGAAGCCGCCUGCGACGCGUCGUCUUCCAGGCGACAGCCCGCAGAGCAAACCCGUGACGGUGCAGGCGCAGAGAACUCUGCGCGCGGGCCUGCAGAAGAUGCGCUCGCCGCCCUCUCUUGUGGCAGCUUCUGGAAAGUGACGGCGGCCUCGCUGUUGGGAGCUUCUGUUGUCGGCGUGGUGCUUCGCUGCUUCUUCUCACACGUCACGUUUCUUCCCUCCCUCGGCGCGCUGCCUCUUCAGGUUUUCGAGGACUUGCCGCCGGCGAUGCCCGGGAAAGUCGCGCCGCCGUUUUACCUCCCUUCGUCUUCUCUUCUGGCGUCUGUCCUCUCGCUGCUGCCUGCUUCGCGUCAACUGCAGGCCGCGGACAUGCUUCGCAGCGCCCUCGUCUUUGCAAGUCGGCUUUUCUCCUUCCUGCGGCGACUCGGUCUCGGUGUAGGGACAGCCGGCGUCGCCAUGGUGCUCAAACCGGGCGGCGGCCACCAGGAGUUUCAGCAGCAGCUUAUCAAGAGUGCCUUUUUCAAGGAGCACUUUGGAGCCGACGUCCUGGACACAAGCACCGAGGCGGCCCUGGGGGUCUUCCACGGAGCCCCGCCCGUUGACAAUUUCUUCUCGAAACUCGUGCACGGCCUGACCAACUCCGCAGCAGGCGUGCAGGAAGAGGAGGCUCUUGUCCUCUGGAUCAGCGCGAUGCUGGAUGUCUUUCUCCUCGAGGUCUUUUUCGCCAUCCUUGCCUACAUGGCUGUUGCGGUGCAAGCCUCGCUUGCGGUCGCGCUGGAGAGCAAAAUUCGAAUCCGAGGCAUCACGUUUGCCUCCCUCAACGCUGGCUGCUUCUUCUACUUCUUCGGGAUUCCCUUCUGCGCGUCCGUGGGCGGGCCUAUGCUCAAUGCCGGAUACGCGGCCCUGGUGACGGCGUACCGGCUGGACGUCGUUGGAUUCGCCCUCCUCGUUUCCGCAGACCUCCUGGGUGCCUACAUCGCCACCCUGUUUGUAACACCUUCGGUGUGCGUGGAGAGCAAGAAGACGGCCGCGAGCUCCGCGCCUGCAAAGCGGAGUUUUGUCUUUCGCUCGUGGCCCCGAAGCGCAGAAAAGAGAAAAACUGAGUAA